AUGGCUGAAGUUAUAUCGUACUACCAAAGGCCUUCGGGAUCGUCUGUCCCACCACCUCUACACGGGCGCGACUGCCGAAGGAUCGAUCAUUUCUGCGCUUGUCGCGAUCACAAGCUUGCGCCAUUCAUCUUCGCUCACCACGCCCACUGGACCACUCUCUUCCGCGACGUGGAGCGCGACAUAGCUACUGUGAGUGUCGAAUACUACGGUGGUGAUGCGCAAUACAAAAUCCACAAGCUUGGUCGGGAGAUCUUCCGCUAUUGGUGGCAGCACAAUGAGGCUGAAGAACGAUGGGGAAACCGCCAGACAAUUCAUCAUGCUCUCGUGAGAGGCAAAAUUGACAUCAGCUCCGUGGUGGGUCAUUGGAAGGCCGCGGCAAGUAACGCCGCGCGCCUAUUCGAUGGUGAAGGCAUGUUCCUGGGCAUCAACAAGUACGACCAGUGGAGACUGAAGGGCAAGCACAUCUUUGUGCACGAUGAUCGCAUCCCGUGGCUGGAUGAGGACCGUCGAGACCCACGAUAA